AGCGCGAGCAGCCUCGCGCCGCGCAUGUUGGCUCAUCUCCCCUCCCUUGUCUGUGUAUGUUCCGCCUUUCCCACCACCACACACCAUUUCAGUAGCCUAGUCGUUGUCGUGUGUAAAACGGUGCGCGAGUUUGGCGUGACGCUGGUGCCCGCUCUUGGGGGAAAUACGAGGAAAGUCGAGUUACUUCAAAGGACAAUAUAACCAUUACGCAGGGAGUCGACAUUCUCAUCAACUGACAAAGCUUCACUGAUAUCAAGAAAAAUGGCAGACACCCAGUCGUCUCAAAUAUCUUCGUCACAAGGACUCGCCGAUGGACAGAACUCGGCAAAAGACUCGAAGUUCACCGAUUCCUUUUUUUCCUCUUCGCCUGUAUCUCUCAUUCAGUCUCCUCAAGACAAAAGGGUGGUGGUGGGCUCGGACAAACCCGCAGCAGAAGGCGUGGCGGCCACCUCGCUCCGCUUUCAGCCAGGCUCCUUUACCCCCAUGAACUACAGUCACGACUCCUCCUCCUCCUCCUACUCCUCGUACAAAGGAGGCGCCCCGGAGAAGAGGGCCACAGCGGCGGGGGCGGGGGGAGAGUCCUGCUCCUCCCCCUCCCCGUCCGACAACUCCUCCUCCCUGACGUCCCCCCAGGAGGACUCGCCGAUCAAGAUGUCCCCCGUGUCCGAGCGGAUCAAAGCUCUGGAGGCGCUCGCCGGCAAGAAGAACGAGCCACAGACCAGCGUCAGCAGCAGCGCCAGUAGGGGUGACGGCGGUGUCGCCGGCAAGAAGAAUGAGCCGCAGACCAGCAGCAGCAGUAGGGGUGACAGCGGUGGCGGAGGGUUCCCCCACUUCAGGGAACGCCACUACGAGAAGCCGGCCGUCUCCAUAGUCGAUGUCCCAGCUCCCGUUCCCCCUCCACCGGCAGCUUUCCAGAAGAAGGUCGUCCCCCCCAUGCCGGAAAAGGAAUCCCCGGAGUCGCCCUUCGAGGUUUUGGGGGACACUGUGCCAGCCGGAACCGACUUUGAGGACACCGCAGACUGGAUGCGCGCUCACCUACCACCGGCGCCAAACUUCGGCACUGAUGAUGUGGACGUGGACGUCAGAAAAAUUGGAGCUGUUACGGCGCCUGCGCCUGCGCCUACACCUACACCUGCACCGUCAUUAAAGGGCAGAAAGGAGGAACCCAUUUUGGCACCAGCUGUACCUGCGGAGUUUGCCGGCGUCCCAGAUGCUUUCAUGGACACUCCCAUUGAGCCUCCUAACCUCAAAAAUGUUUUCAAUCCAGAGAAGCAGGAGAACCUUGAGGAAGAGGCAGAGUUUGACCUCAACUUCCUCCCCACGGCGUACAUGUGGGAGAAGCAGGAUGAUAAUGCAGCCGAUGCAGGCGGUGCCUCUGGUCAGCCCCCAGCGAAGGAGUCUGACAUCGGGACUGCUCCUUCACCAACCACGGCCCCACCUCCGGCAGGGUUCGGGUCCCCAUCCCCUCCCUUCUCUCCCCCGUCCUCUCCACCCGCCUCUCCCCCAAGGGCUAAAGUUCCAAAAAACGUGAGUCUGAAGACUGGCGAUUCCCAUGAGACCCAUGAGAUGGACAGCUCCGGCGACUCUGACGACACGGUAAUCGAGGACGCCUGUGCCGCGUCCAAAGCAAACAGCGCCCCUGCUGCUGUUGCCGUGGAGAAGGAGAAGGAGCCGGUGCCAACCAAGCCCCCUCUGCAGGUCCCCAUCAUCAACGUCAUUGAGACGGAGGAGCAGGUGGUGAGCGAGGAAGAGUACGGGGUGGAAGAGAUGGACGAGGAGGAGCUCGAGAGGCACAGGGCCAUGCGAGACCCACCGAGAAAUCAGGAGCCGGUGGUGUCUGAGUCGGAGGUGAAGAAAGAUGGGCCUACUACAGACACGGCCGAUGCUGUUGCGGAAGACGACAACAAAUCGGCUGAGCAAUCACCUCAGGUUUUCAUGACUGAGUCUUCUGACUCUCAUUCCACGCAGCAACCUAGCUACCAGGAUGGAGGAUCUGGGUACGGCACAGUGCAGCCACCCUUAAGAAGCCUCUUCAGGGCCGAGUCAGAAGACAUCGUCAUGGAUUACAGAGAUUACACAUCAUUUGACCAAGACGACGGAAUGGAUGCCUUUUCGAAUAUCAACAAUCCCACUCAGGAGCGCUCUCAGAAAGAAAGGCCAAAGUACGAGGCGAUCUCAGAGGAUGACUACAUGCCUGAUGACUUUUCAAAACCGACUGUACCUCCAAAUGCUAACUCGCCCAUCAGUCAGUCCUCCCGAGAUCGCUUCUCAGGCGACUCUGUGCCAAGCGCGGAUGAGGCCUCCAAUGACCGACAGCUCAACUUUGCCACUGUACCUGAGGCAUCACCUUCAGAUUACGCCUCUGACACUUGCAUCGAAACAAUGGUCUCCCAGAACAUCUACAACGUGGGAAUUGAUAACAGCAAGACCACUGAGGACUCUCGUAACGUUCCUCUAAUGGCCGACGACAACUAUGCCGUAGAUGAGCCGUCCAUGCAGGAGUUUGCCCAGGAUGACUUUUCUUACUACAAUGAACAGCCCGACUCAUUCCCUGACAUGACCCAUGAGGAUCUUGGGUCCAACCAGGAUGCCAAGGGCGUGUCUAGUGGAGUGUCCGCUGGAAAUGCGAAGGGCUUGGAGAAAUCUGAACCACCGGUGCCCACAGACAGCUUUGUGGAGUUCAUGAGGGAAUGCAUACAGGCCCGACAGGACGAGGACCCGGACCCGCUCCGACAGAUCCGUACGACACCAACUGUCGAAAGCUCGCCGGCCGCGGUUAGGGCACUGGAACAGGAGAGCAACACCAUCCGCGCCCUGAAGGAGCUCGGGAGCAGUCAAGAGGAGGAGGAAGAUGACCUCACCAAGAAGAAGACCAUGUCUUCUAAACCCAAGACCUCAAAACAGGAGAAGAACUACCACACUCAGCCACAAACCGAAGCCACCUCAAAUCCCACACCCAGCAGCGGUGGCGUCGUCGAUUCCUCGGCCGGUGGGGGCUCGUCAGAGAGCUCGCUGUGCAGAGAGGUAGAGGCGAUCGACAUCUUGGUGGCCGAGGCUUUCUACCUGGCCGAGCAUGUCUUGACGGCUAUACUAACCCACCUGUCAGUGAAGGACCUGGUGUACUGGCGCGACCCCAAGAAGUCGGGCGUGGUGUUCGGGGUGUCCAUGCUGCUGCUGCUGUCCCUGGCGGCGUUCAGCGUCAUCAGCGUGGUCUCCUACCUCCUCCUGGCCCUGCUCUGCGUCACCAUCAGCUUCCGCAUCUACAAGUCCGUGGUGCAGGCCGUGCAGAAGUCCGGCGACGGACACCCGUUCAAAGCGUUCAUGGAGAAGGACGUGAGCGUGCCCCCGGAGACGUUCCGUAAGCAUGUGGACACCCUGCUGACCUACGUGAACAAAGCCCUCAAGCAGAUGAGCCGCCUCUUUCUCGUGGAGGACCUGGUAGACUCCCUCAAGCUGGCCGUAGGCAUGUGGCUGCUGACCUACGUGGGCGCGGUCUUCAACGGAAUCACCCUCCUCAUCCUCGCUGACAUCUUGAUUUUCACCAUGCCUCUGGUGUAUGAGAAGAACAAGACCCAGAUCGAUAAAUAUGUGGACAUCGCACGUACUCAGAUCAACACCACAAUGGCCAAGUUACAAGAGAAGCUUCCUGCCUCCAUGAAGAGGAGCAAAACGGAAUGAGCUGCCCGUGACUUACUGGCCUUCAUCACCACCACCACCCUCAUCUUCCUCCUUCUCAUCACCAUCGCAACCACCAUACCAUCACCACCCUGUUAUAAGGCUCCAUUCCUACCCUAGUGCCCCCCUCCCUACUACCCCCCCAAAACACCUUAAAUGUUACAGCUAAUCUUAUUUAACCCCCACGCCCCAACCCCAUUUCGACCACCCGUUUCUCAUAGCCAACCCUCCCUUUCUCACCCCCGUGCAGCCCCCCACUACACCUCAAAAGUAAUGCCUUUUUUUUACCACAAAUCACCAACAUUUCCGUUCCUUCAUGCACCCCGCCCCAAUAACCCAAUAUCUCACAGCUGAAGGCCCAUCUUUUCCACACCCUCGCCUCCCUUCCCUGCACUGAAGCCAGCCAGUAGGGGGCAUGGGGGGAAACACCAAGUUUUCCAUCUUUCAGGCUUCUCGCCUCCAUUAUUGAUAACCAUGCAGGCUAAACUGUCUAAGCAGCAUAGGGAAGCUAUAUAUGAUUAUAUGAUCGCCACCCCACUCCCAAGCCCAACACUGGUCCACCCCCCCACCCCCCACCCCUCUCGUGAGCACAGAGCAUACAGGCAAAAAGGAUGCAACAACUACACUGCAACUGGAUUUGUAUUUUUUUUAAUUGUCAUCGUGGUUUAUUAUUUUCUUUUCCUUUUCGUUUGUUUUUGGUAUCGGCACUCCCGAUUGGCCCAGGGCAGGUGAACUAGACUGAAUACAUGAUGAGCUGGAGAUUGGAUGAUUAAGGAAGAGGGAGGGAGGAGAAGAGUGGGUAGAGGAGAGCGGGGAGUGUAGCUAGAGGAGAAGGUUACUGGGGCCGUCACUAUGUCAACAUGUUAAAAACAGCAGGCAGAUUUGUGUUAUGGAAGCAAAUGUCUGUAAAAAACACUUACGAAACAUUUUGCUUAAAAAAAUAAUAAAAAAAAACUGAAAAAGGAUAUUUAAAAAAUGAGAAAAAGGCUUUUUUGUAAUAUUUUGAUGUAUUUCUUGUUUCCUCCUUUAAUUUCCAUGCAGAAAACAAAAAUAUUUGGGUUUUUUGGGCAGUAGUGCUUUGGAUUGGACAUCGCUGGGACUAUCUCUGUUAAGUGAUUGGCUACUGAUCCAGUCACUCACGUUCCUCGUUUUUUUGUUUUGUUUUGUUUUCUGAGUUCUGUUCACCUUAAGGCACUUAUGUAUGUAUAUUAUUCUGCAAUGCACUGAACAUCUCUGUGCUUCGUCCAAGCCGGAGUGUAGAAAUAAUAAAAAAGGAGAAUUUGCAAGCAGUUGUGGGCCAGCUGUGAUGGGUUUGGGUCUAGUUCACCUUCUUUUGGUUCUGGUGCAAUAGGGAACCGGCUCUCGUUAGUCCGUUUGUGUUGUGUGCGUCGUGUACAUGUAUAUAUAAGGAGCUAAGGCAACAGACUGUCUGUUCAUAAAGGAAUAUGGUGUCACUUUUUUAAAAUUAGUAAAAUAACAAAAAAAACGUAACCCCACCUUUACGGUAUAUGUGCUGCGUACAUUUUACUCGUCUCGUUAAAUGUCUUAGUCAAGUGUCCCUCUUCCGCGUUUGUAUGUGACUUUUGCAUUGUUAUUCUUCUACUUGUCAUCGUUGUUGAUCUAUUGAAACGAUUAAUACUAUUACCGUUUAGAAAGACCGCUUUUUCCGCCACCCCCUCAUGCAAGUACAGAAGACUCCUUGCUGUCUUGAGACUUUGGGAGUUAAAAGUUCGUGACCCCUGUGUUGGUGGUGCUGACCUCCAGCGUGUGUGUUGACGAGGGUGGCUGUCAGCUGCACCCCAAGGGGCAGAUCAGUGCUAUCGUGGCCUAGCUACUCUGCCCUGUCGUAUUUGUUUUGUUCGUAGCCUAUGGCUAUUAAGUUAAAGGUAGAUCUGUGGCCCUCAGUGAAAAUGCGCUGUCCUGUGUGCUAACGGGUUACUCGAAAUGAUCUGUCAGGCUCUGCUUGUUUCAGUGUCUGACCCACCACAAACUAUAGCCUACCGUAGGUCACCGUGUUAAUACUUUAGCCUCAUGAAUAUACUCAACAGAGGGCUUUAAGCCUUUUAUUUUUGUUUCACAAAAUGCAGACCGUUUUGUCAAACACAGGGCUAGUCAUCUUCAAGGGCCUUGUAGCGUUUUCUUUUCUUUGUAACGUUUAAGGGAUUUUUUUAAGAUGGAAGAAUCUGGGAGGGAUUUUUUUUUUCUUAUUUUCUUUUUUUCUGUCUGUGUGUCUUGUGUUAUAUAUUUUGACAACCUCUCGAUUUCCCCCAUGAAUUGACUCAAACAGGUUUCUUUCUUUCAGACACACAUUUCUGUAGAUAUAUAACCUACCCAAACAAAAACACACACACACACACACACACACACACACACACAUUAGGCCUACACAGAACACUUACUGUAUCGCGGGUUAUGUUUCUAAAUGGUUGUUCUUUGGAUUGCCUCUCAAUGCAUUAACUAUAACUGCUAUUACUACUACUAAUAUUACUAUUACUGCUACAACUACUACUACUACACCGAAGUCUCUCUCCUGCUGAUGUUGGGGUUCAUUUCUCAUAACCAUAGUCGCUAACUACGGUAGCUACUUUGUUGGUUGCCAAUUGGCUACUACUGUUGCAACUACCCAAGUCGCUAACUGGCUAGCUACUAUGCUUUUGAGAAACACAAUCCAGGGGAUGCCUUUUUCGACAGCAUUAUUGCUAACCAGUUAGUAACUUCGUAGGUUGCCUAUGGAAAAUUGUGUUGCAACGCAAGUUGCUAACUAAGUUAGUUGCUAACUAAUUCAAAAGUUACUAAGUUAGCAACUGCGCUGUCAAGAAACACACCCCUGGUUUUGUGUCUUCUCUCCUCCCACCCAUACAAUAUUUAAAAUACAUUCCAUCUUGUGCAUGCCGUUCUUAGUGUCUUGGUGGCACCCCCCAGAAGACUGUUUGUUUGUUUUUAUUGGCGGCUUCUUGACUGUGUUGUUUCUUCGGCUUUCCUUGCCAAGGCACCAGGGGCGUGUGUUUUUUGUCGUCCUACUUUUUAAAAAACAAACAAAAUGCUGUUUUUUGUGUUUGUUCUUUUUCUCUCUCUCUUUCUCUUCUUUCCUAAGUCAUGAUAAUGGAUAUGUAGUCGUCUCAUAGGAGUUAACGUGGAGUUAUUCACCGUGCUCGCCUCAAAGCGUUAAAUUUGUACAUAGGCACAAAACACAGCACACACUCCUCUAGUGUGACACACACACACACACACACACACACACACACACACACACACACACACACACACACACACACUGGUGCACAUACACACAGACAUGCGCACACUCACCUUCAGAUGAAAGUAUCCUACGUCUGAAAACCACUGUGUCCUUGUGUUCUGCUGGCUGGGCUGACCUUGCAUUUCAACUCACCUGUUUGGCGGCUGAAUCAUGGGUGCAGUGUUUUUAUUUUUAAUUUUGGUUUCUUUCUCUCUUUUUUUGAUGACUAGGCUACGCUCCAGCAAAUAAGGUUUUCAUAGAUAUGUCUUCAGUUAUGAGUGAUGAAUGCAAUGCUGUCUUUAUUAUUAUUAUUAUUAUUAUUAUUAUUAUUAUUAUUAUUAAUAUAUAUUUUUCUCCUAGCGGUAGAAUACAAUACACAAAGCUCCUUUCUCUGUAGAUAUACCCUGCCUUAGUUGCUGUUCCCUACUUCUCUCCUUUUAGUGUUAAGAGUUCGGAAGGAACUACACUAUGGCUAUUUUUGACUUAAAUCCUGUAGUUUUUUGGUGCAUGUUUUCCACCAUUUACUCUCUCUCUCUUUCAUUUUCUUGGGAAGGUAAAGGUUGAUGGGUAAGAUUGGGAGUCAUUUAUUAUUCUGGUCAAGACUUUUUUCCUUCUUUCUUUUUUUUCUUUUCUUUUCUUUUUUUGUUUUUCUGUUCUGCUUUUGACUUUCUCUUGGUAACUAGAUGUGUUAACUAACACUUAAAAGCUCUGUUUGUUAGCUGCAAAAAGUUAAGUUUGUUUGUGGGUGCUUUGGAGAAAAAAAGUUAAGUUGCAAACAGAGGAAACCGAACUAUGUGGUCCCUGUGCUGAUGUCCAAGUGGAAUUAAUAAAAGUACAUCAGAAUACA